CUUCUGGGUUGUGCACAUUUAUAAAUAUUUUGUGGGAAAUGACUAAAGACUACAAGUUGACGCAGAUGUACAUGCCUUUCUAUGCGGCAUGUACAUCUGCCACUUUAGGAUUUUUGUUCUUCUUUUUAUCGUUUUCAAGUCCUUAUUGGUUACAGUCAUUUGAUCGAGUACACAGUUCUUUCCUCCAUAUGGGGAUAUGGUCGGUGUGUUUUGAUAAAUUUGUGCAUCCGCAAGUACUGCUCUUGUUACUUAUUCCAAUGUGAUUGGAUUUAGGAUUACCAUGCUAACGUACUGACGGGAUGCUUUUGGGUUUAUGACCGGUUCUUUUUCAAAAUCGGUAUUUGGCAAUGGCUUAACCCCUAUUGGCUGAUUGGCGUUCAGGUUUUAAUGACGAUAGCAUUUACAACGAAGUGUUGUGUUAUACUGAUUCUUGUUUUGUACCACCUUCUGUUUGGUCAUCCAGCUGCUGAAUCAACUAUGGCACUUGUAGGUGAGGCAUUUAUUGCUCUUCUUCUAACAAUAUCUAUUCUACUGUUUGGAAUCAGUUCUCAAAGUCGAGUAUGGAUGCCAAGACCAGAUCAGUACUUUCUUUCAUGGUCAUUUGGUUUUAUUAUAUUAGCAGCUAUUUGUUCGUAUAUAUCUGCAGGUUUCUUAUAUUGUGUAAGCUAUACAGAUAGAGCUGCUCAAGAAGAAGUUGAAAAAUAUGAAGCAGUUGAGACAAACUAUGGUGUACGAAGUGUAUUGUCUGGUCGGAUAGGCAGUGGUGGUUUAUACAGUGGAGCAUUAAGUGCAAUAGGCGGUGCUGGAGGUGUAGUCGUCAAAGUUCCAUCGACUGGAAUUAAACCUGAACAGGUAAUAGCCCUGGAUUCAGAUCUUCGACGUAUGGAUACAGGACGUGAAAGUGUUAGUCUAUUUUCGCCUAGUGUUACAUUUGCUCAUCAAAAUAAUCGUUAUGGCGGAGAAGUGGGUUCAAGACCUUCUGAUGAUCAACUGACUGACAAUGAAUCACGUACACUAUCUCCAAUUCCAGGAAGUGAACAUAGUCAAGAGACACCAUUAUACGUGAAUCAACCUGUAGCAGGAGCGGCUGCAGCAGCCAAGACAACACGAUAUGUGAACCAACGAGAUCUGUCCUCUGGUUCUCCACCGGAUAGUCAGUCUUAUUCACCUUUAGAAGUGGAACAAGCCGAAGAGAAUCAAAGUAUGCUAUCAGAUAAUGUUGAAAGUCAACAAGGAGAUUAUAUACCACCACGGCAUUCAUUACCGCUAUCUCAGAGAGGCUAUACAACAACGGCAACAAAACCAACCAGUCGUUAUUCUCGUUACUAGUUACUUUGAAAGUAUCCUCCUAUGACCGAAUUUGAAAUUGUUUCACAUAAAUUAUUUUAAAUAUUGUAUAGUAUUUUAAUUAUUUAUACAUUCAUCAUUUUUAUUUUAAAAUUAAAUACUGCGAA